AUGGCUUCUAGCAGCAAAGGAAAGGAAACUCUGUACGAGCAGUAUGCUAACCUUAGUAUCUCGGACGAUAAUGAGGUGGAGGUCAACAUUGCGACGGAGGAUAAUGAAGAUCUUGACACUAAAAGCUACAUGCUAGUUGGCUCCCUCAUGACCGAAAAAAUGGUUUGUUUUAACUAUCUGAAGGAAACCAUGGCACAGACUUGGAGACAUCGAAAAGGAAUGAUGGCAGAGGAAGUAGCACCAAACUUGUUCAUCUUCUACUUCUGUCAUAAGAAGGACAGACAAAGGAUCCUUGAUGACGGGCCAUGGUCCUAUGACCAAAACCUUCUCGUUCUUCAAAAGAUAGAAAGCAAAGAUUCCCCGUUUGAUGCAGAUUUCUCUAAAACUGAGUUCUGGGUCCAAAUCCAUAAAAUCCCCCAGCGGUUCUCAAAUCCCAAGAUCGCAGAGAUUAUUGGAGCACAUUUAGGAGAGUUCAUAAAGUCCGACUUGGAACACUUUGAUGGCACCCGGAGCGCUUUGAUCAGAGUAAGGGUCAUUCUGGAUAUUACCAAACCCCUAAAGAGAAGAAUCAAGAUAAAGGUCUCACCAGAGGAAAACAUAUGUAUGGAGUGCAAAUACGAGAGGCUCCCAACCUUCUAA